AUGGAAAAAAAUAUUUCCUUUGCUCUUGUGUAUCCAUCUCAGGGUUUCCAGGCCCUCACCCUGUGGCAGAAAGUCCAGUUAUUCUACCAAGGGAUUCUGGAAAAUGGAGACAAGAGGACAGACAACUGGCUGCUGGUCUACUCUCCUGUUCCAGUCGGCUGUAUCUUCCUGUGCUACCUGAUCAUUAUAUGGGCAGGACCGAAGCUGAUGGCGAAGAGGCAGCCAGUCAACCUCAAACCUGUCCUGAUAGUUUACAACUUUGCCAUGGUCUGCCUGUCUGCCUACAUGUUCUAUGAGUUCACAGCCUCUUCCUGGUUGGCCAGAUACAGUCUGCUGUGCCAGCCAGUCGACUACAGUGACAGCCCACUGGCCAUGAGGAUGGCUAGAGUGUGCUGGUGGUUCUACUUCUCCAAAGUCAUAGAGCUCAAUGACACUAUAUUUUUCAUCCUGAGGAAGAAGAACAGUCAGCUGACCUUCCUCCAUGUCUACCAUCACGCCACCAUGAUCUUCAACUGGUGGGCCGGGGUUAAAUAUGUGGCUGGCGGCCAGUCUUUUCUGAUUGGUCUGAUCAACUCCCUGGUCCAUGUAGUGAUGUAUUUGUACUAUGGUCUGGCAGCUCUGGGGCCGAGCAUGACCAAAUACCUCUGGUGGAAACGCUACCUCACCUCCCUGCAGCUGCUCCAGUUUUUCACAGUAACCAUCCACACCACCUACAACUUGUUUGCUGAGUGUGACUUCCCCGACUCCAUGAACGUGGUCGUGUUGGCUUACUCUCUCAGCCUCAUCGCUCUCUUCAGUAACUUCUACUACCACAGCUACCUUGCUGAGAAGAAGACCAAGAAGACAUAAGGAGCUGAGGAAAAAAAGCAUAUGCGAAGACAGAGAAAAGAGCUGAGAUAAAAGAAUGUGGAAACAAGGAGGUAACACGGAAAAGAGCGAAGGAGAUAUGACAUACAGUACUGUGUAUGAAAAUCAGUACAAACUGAG